AUGGAAUCGAUUCUAUCUGCACAUGAAAUUGGGGAAGGACUUCCUGUUUUGAUCAUCCAUGGAUGGGAGAUGGAGGGAAAAGCUGAGGAGCUGGACUUUGAGCCGAUUUUCGGCAAAACACCGGGACUUCGCCGUAUCUACGUGGACCUGCCAGGCAUGGGCAAAACUCCUGCAAAUAAUGUCAAAGAUCUAGAUGAUAUAUAUCAUCGCCUGGUGCAGUUCAUUGAUUCUCGACUUGGACGAUCAAGGUUCUUACUUGUCGGCUCAUCAUGUGGCGGCUACCUUGCACGUGCAAUAGCACAGAAUUACAUUGAGCAAGUCGAUGGUUUAUUAUUGCGUGUCCCGCUCAUUGAGCCAAGAGACAGCGUGCGCGAUCUCGAUGAUUUUAAGCCUUUAGUUGCAGACGAACAGUUCAUGUCGAGUAUAUCAGUCGAAGACAGAUCUCUUCUUGGAAACGUUCUCGUUCAAACGCCGGCUUAUGUUCAAUCACUGAAGGCAAAAUUCGAGGAGGUUUACCUUCCAGCAAAGAGAGCGGCAGAGAAUAAAGUGUUAGAUCCGAUCCGAGCAGAUCCAAAUCGAUAUCGGUUAUCUCAUUCGUUGGAUAGCGAACGUGCCAAGUUCUUUGCACCCACCCUUAUUGUAUGUGGUCGGCAAGACGAGAGCGUGGGCUAUCGAGACAGUCUUCGCUUACUGGAGCUCUAUCCACGAUCAACCUAUGUUGUUCUUGAUCGUGGUACGCAUGGCCUCCCUAUCGACGAGAUGAGUGUUUUUGAGGCUCUUGUUCAUGAUUGGGUAAUCCGAGUUGAGGAAUGGCGAGGUCGCACAGACAAAUAA